GUGCUUUGGGGACUGGGACACAGCUUGUAAAGCUGGCCAUGCUCUGAUUUGACCCCCCAAAAUGUUUUUUUUUAAUUAUUAAUUUUUUUUGGUAAAAAAAAAACGGAUUUAUGAGAAACAAAAUAAGACUCUUUUGCCACGGUGGAUCUAUUGUUUCGAUUUUUCCAGAUGAAAGUAUUUUGCUUGUCAUCAGUACUCCAACAAGUUAUUCUUCCUAGAAAAUACCUGGUGAAGUUGAAGUCUUCCAUAUUAGUAUCAAAGUCCCCGUUCCUUGAGAGAAAAGCAGCACCUUGCCAAGAGGAGGAAUGGGAGACAGUAAAACUGGAAGAAUAGCAGCUGCAAAGAACCGCCUGAAGGUGGUGAAGGGCUUGAAGGAUGUGGAGGUAUUGGAGUGUGAGAGCUGUUUCUUUGAGGUCAUUCUUAACCUGGCUUACAUCGAGGCUGUGUGGACCAGAGAUGGGGUGCAACUCAAGUCCAAGCCCAACUGUUGCAUUAGCUCACAUGGGAAGAGACACUCCCUCAUACUGAACAGAGUGUGUCUGGGAGAUGCUGGAUUGUUCUCUUUUCAGGCCAAUGGUGUUCAGACAGCGGGGAGACUUAUCAUCAGAGCUCGGGAUAUCCGCAUACUGAAGGAGCUGGAGGAUGUGGACACAAUGGAACGUCAGCCUGUGAGCUUCGUGUGUGAAGUUAAUGAGUUUGAUGUCGACGGUCGUUGGUAUAGAGAUGAUUGCAGGAUCAGACCUGGAGACAACAUCAAGAUCAAACACCAAGGAAAAACUCACAGCCUGUCCAUCAAAUCAGUCAGAUUGGAGCAUGCUGGAGAGAUCAGAUUCACGGCAGAGCGCAUUUCUUCGUAUGCAACGCUCACAGUAAAUGAGCUUCCAGUCGUAUUUUCGCGCCCUUUAAGGGUCAAGAUAGCCAUGUAUCACUACCGAGGUCUGUUGGAGUGCCAGGUGUCACGCCCUAAUGCUCAGGUCAGAUGGUAUAAGAACAAGAAGGAGCUCCUGCCUGGUAAGAAGUACCAUCUAAUCAGCCAAGAUGUCUACAGGCAGCUCACCAUCGAUGACGUCUGCUCGUCAGAUGAGGACACUUACACAUGUGAUGCAGGAGAUAACAGAACAUCAUGUCAACUUCUGGUUGAGGAGCAGGCUAUCAGCAUAGUUCGAGGGAUGAGCUCAGUGGAUGUAAUGGAACCAGAGCCUGCAGUGUUCCAGGUGGAGACCAGCCUGAAGUCAGGGAGGCCUCCUAAGUGGACUUUGAAUGGUGAAGUACUGGAACCAAGCCCUAUGAUCAGCAUCAACAGGGAGGGAACCCUUCACAGCCUGUGUUUCAGCUCCACAGACAGUUCCAUGUCUGGGACAGUGCUCUUUACUGCUGGCAAGAGCCAUUCCACUGCUCAGCUUACUGUCAAAGAGCGACUUCUUCAAGUUGUCCGUCACUUGGACAAUGUGGACGUAAAAGAGAACAGCACUGUGAGGCUGAGCUGUGAGUUUGCCCCCUCCCCGAGGGUGGUGCGGUGGUUUAAAGGUCGCACACCUUUAAAGACUUCAAACAAAUAUGCCAUGAAAACAGAGGGGAAGAGAGCAGAACUGACCAUUCAUGGUGUGAUUGGGACGGAUUCAGGGCAGUACUGCUGCUUGGCUGGAGGUUCACAAAGCAAAGCACAUGUUAAGGUAGAAGAGCGAAGGCUGAAGUUAAUCAAACACCUUGAACCAGUGGAAACUGAGGAGGAUGGCAUUGCUAGAUUCUCAUGUGAGCUCAACUAUGUGGUCGCCAAUGUGGAGUGGCUUCUCAACAAUACCCGCCUUUAUUCCAGCGCCAUGAACAAGAUCCAGCACAUGGGCACUAUGCACAGCCUCACAAUCAGGAAGCUCAGUUCACAAUUGAGCAAGGUGACCUUCAAAGUAGGCCGUCUUACUGAAACAACUACUUUAAAAGUCAAAGAGCGGCCAGCAGUGUUUCUCAGAUCCUUGGAGGAUGCAGUUGGAGAAGAGCAAGGCCAAAUCUGUCUGCAGUGUCAAAUUUCCAAAGAAAAGUUGAUCCCUGUUUGGAAGAAGGGUGAUAAGGUCCUGAAGACCAGUGAUAAAUAUGAGCUGGUCCAGUACGGGAAGUCUGUGGCACUGAUUAUCCAUUCUUUGAGCAAGGACGAUGCUGGACACUACGUCUGUGAUCUGGGCACCAGUCAGACCAAGGCUAAAGUUAUAGUACAUGACAUGCACAUCACCAUUCUCCAUCGUCUGAAAACAGCCUCUGCUGUUGAGGGUGAAAGUUGCACCUUUGAGUGUUGUCUCUCUCAUGACAUCACCGAUGAGCCUUCAUGGUCAAUCAAUGGCCAGUUGGUGGUCACCAACACCCGUAUUCAGGUCUUCAAGAAUGGUAAAAUGUAUAAGAUGACCAUCAGAGAUGUUGUACUGUCUGAUGCCGGAGAUGUGGUCUUCACAGUCAAGGACUUAAGCUGUAGGACUAUGCUGUUUGUUAAAGAGAAGCCGGUGCACAUCUUCAGGGAUCUAGUGAAUGUCAAAGCUCUGCCUGGCGAUGAUGCAGAGCUGAGCUGUGAGAUUACCAAUCCAGAAGCCACCAUCCAGUGGUUGAAAAAUGGCUAUGUAAUCAGACAGUGCCCUAAGUAUGAGAUGAGCAUGGAGAAACACCUGGCACGACUGCUGAUCAAGAACGCCACUGUCAGAGAUUCUGGAGAGUACUGCUGUAAGGCUGAUGGCAUUGCCUCCCUUGCCAAAGUGGAGGUCCGAGAACUCCAGCACUCCUUUGCGAGGGACUUAAAGGACACACAAGCAGAAGAAAAAGGCAGAGUUACCCUGGAAUGUGAGACCAGGCGACCAGCCAAAUGUGUGACCUGGCUGAGGGGCAUGGUGGAGCUGAGGUCUUCUAGGAAAUACAUCAUGAGGCAGAAGGGCGUGGUGUUGUCACUGACCAUCACAAAUCUGGACAAAUCUGACACAGAUAUUUACAUAUGUGAUGUUGGUACCAUGCAGAGCCGGGCACAGCUCACUGUACAGGGCCAGAAGAUAUUUAUAUUGGAUGAACUUGAGGAUGUCGAAUGUCUAGAAGGUGACACAGUAACAUUCACGUGUCGGAUAUGUCCAAGUGACUACACAGGGGUCAAGUGGUAUUUGGAUGAAACUUUGCUCUACACCAAUGAACUCAAUGAGAUCAAGAUGGUCCCUGGAGGCUACCAAACACUCACAUUUAGGCAACUUGUCCGCAAAGACACAGGAACUAUCUCAUUUUCAGCAGGAGACAAAAGAUCAUAUGCCUCAUUGUUGGUUAGAGAGAGGCGACCCACUAUUAUUAAAGCACUGGAGGACUGUGAGGCAGUCGAAGGUGGUGGUUUAGUUCUUUCCUGUAUGACCUCCAAGCCGUGUCACAUCAUGUGGUACAAAGAUGGCUGCCUCAUGUGGCACUCGUCGCGAUACUUUACCAGUCGUUCUGACUGUGAGGCUCGGUUGACCAUUAAGGAAGUCUCUAAAAGUGAUGGCGGCGUUUAUGAGUGCAGUGCUGGAUCUGUUACAACUAGGGCUGUUGUAACUGUCAAAGCCAUCCCAGCACAGUUCAUCCAACCUCUAAAAAAUGUGGAGGCCAAAGAGGGGGAGACCAUGACUCUGAUCUGUGAAUACUCUCUGCCUGGGGUCCUGUUCCAUUGGAAAAAAGGUUUGGAGACCCUGAGGCCAGGAAACAAGUAUGUAAUGAAACAGAGGAAGACAGUCAUUUCUUUGACCAUCAAAGCUCUGAUGCCUGAAGAUUCAGGAGAAUACACCUGUCAGUGCAGGGAGCACUGCACCAAAGCAACCCUGAUAGUACACGUGGUUCCCAUUAUAUUCACACAACAGUUAACAAAUAUACAAACAGAAGAGGCCAGCAAUGUCAUAUUGCGCUGUGAACUGUCUAAACCUGGAAUACUAGUGGAAUGGAGGAAAGGUCAGGAACUGUUGAAGAAUGGGUUUAAGUACCAGAUAAGAAAAUGGGAGACUACCCUGGAGCUCCUGAUAUGGAAUGCUGUGCCUGAGGACAGCGGUGUCUACAGCUGUGUGUGCGCUGAUCAGAUGACAUCUGCCACUGUCAAAAUCACUGCGUUCCCAAUCACCUUCAAGCAGAAGCUAAGGAACGUACAAUUUGAAGAGGGCGACACAGCAACGCUACGUUGUGAGCUAUCUAAACCUGGUCACGCUGUCGAGUGGAGGAGGAGUGGGAAAGAACUCAUCAGGAAUGGAGAUAAAUAUCAUCUGAGGCAGAGAGACAUGUUGAAUGAACUGAGGAUCUUUAAUGUUCAACCUGAGGACAGUGAUAUCUACACAUGCAUUUGUGGCAACAUAGAGACCACUGCAGCUCUGACUGUGAAUGCAGUUCCAGUCAUAUUCAAACAAAAGCUGAAGAGCCUUCAAGUCAGGGAAGGACACAACAUCAUUCUGCAAUGUGAGAUCUCAAAACCUGGAGUUACCGUGGAGUGGAGGUUUGGAGGAGCUCUGCUGGAGAACAACAAGAAGUACGUCAUUAAGCAGAGGGAAACACACCUGGAGCUGACCGUCAGAGAUGCUGUGCCAGAGGACAGUGGUGUCUACACCUGUAUUUAUCGAGAGCUCAAGACGAAAGCCACCGUCAAAGUUAUCGCUGUUCCUGCCACCUUCAAUGUGGAGGUGAAGAACCAAGAGGUCCAGGAAGGGAGCAGCUUAACAUUGCAUUGUGAGCUGUCAAAGGCAGGUGUCCCGAUACAGUGGCAGAGAAAUGGGGAGGUGCUGUGUGAAGAUUUGCCGAGAGGAAAGUAUCACAUGAAGCUGGAACAUAAAAUAGCAGAGAUGACUAUUAUCAGUGUCCAACCAGAAGAUGCAGGAAAGUACAGCUGUAUCACUGGAGAUGAGAAAACCACUGCUGAAGUCAAAGUUCAAGCACUGCCUGUAACAUUUAAACAAGAGAUCCAUGGUCUGAUGGUGACAGAAGGAGACAGUGGAGCUUUCUGCUGUGAACUCUCCAAACCUGGAGCUCCAGUGGAGUGGAAGAAGGGCAGAGUGACCCUGAAACCUGGAGACAAAUAUCAAAUGAAGCAGGAAGGGUGUCUCACUAAACUGAUCAUCAGUAAUGUAGAGGAGAGUGAUGCUGGCAGAUACAGCUGUAAGACUGAAGACAGCCAAUGCUCUGCUGACCUCAUCGUCGAAGGUUUACCACCUCGUUUCAAGGUGCCACUUUUCAACCAGGAGGUGACUGAGGGAGACGGCGUGGUUCUGUGCAAUGAACUACGCAAACUCCCCCCAUCGGUGGAGUGGAGGAAAGUAAAGGAGGUGCUGAAGAAUGGAGACAAAUACCAGAUGAGGAAGAAAGAUCAGCAGGUGGAGAUGAAGAUUAUAGACGUUAGUCCAUCUGAUGCUGGAGAUUAUGCUUGUGCAUGUGGAGAACAGAAGACAACAGCUCAGUUAUUGGUGAAUGAACGACCCGUCACGUUCAUCCAGCAGUUGAAGAAUGUUGAGGUGCAGGAGGGCAUUAUGGUGACACUCUGCUGUCAGCUUUCCAAACCGAGUCUGUCAGUGCAGUGGAAGAAAGGAAACGAUGUUCUGAUCAGUGGAGACAAAUACAAGAUAAAGCAGAGUGGCUCCACUCAGGAGCUCCUGAUCAUAAAUAGUCAACCUGAAGACAGCGGCACCUACAGCUGUGUCUGUAAUGACAUAACAACUGCUGCUUGCAUCGUCAUCACACCGAUUCCAGUAACCUUCAGAAAGACUCUGAAGAAUCAGGAAGCUGCGGAGGAGGGCAGUGUGACUCUGCACUGUGAGCUGUCCAGACCAGGAGUCCCUGUGGAGUGGAGGAAAGACACUCAACUGCUGAAGGAUGGUGAGAAAUACCAGAUGAAACAAGAGGGCAGGACAGCUGAGAUGCUGAUCCAAAAUUUAACCCUCUCAGAUGCUGGAGAGUACAGCUGUUUUUUUAGAACUCUCAAGACAACAGCAAAAAUCAGAGUGCGAGAGCUUCCUGUAACAUUCAUAAAGGAAGUUGAGAACUUAGAGGUGAUGGAAGAAGAAAGUGGAUUUUUCUGCUGUGAGCUCUCGAAGCCUGGAGCUCCAGUGGACUGGAGGAAAGGCAGAGUCAUCCUCAAACCAGGAGACAAAUAUGAGAUGAAACAGGAGGGGCAUCUGACAAAACUGAUCAUCAAAAACGUACAGGAGAAUGAUGCUGGAAAAUAUACCUGUCAAACUAAAGACAGCCAAUCAGCUGCUGAGCUCACUGUCAAAGAGCGACCCAUCACAUUCAUCCAGCAGUUGAAGAAUGGUGAGGUGCAGGAGGGCAUUGGGGUGACACUUUGUUGUGAGGUUUCCAAACCGGGUCUGUCCGUGCAGUGGAACAAAGGAAACGAUGUUCUGACCAGUGGAGAGAAAUAUCAGAUGAAGCAGAGUGGCUCCACUCAGGAGCUCCUGAUCAGAAAAAGUCAACCUGAAGACAGUGGCACCUACAGCUGUGUCUGUAAUGACAUAAAAACUGCUGCUUGCAUCGUCAUCACACCGAUUCCAGUAACCUUCAAACAGAUGCUGGAGAAUCAGGAAGCUGUGGAGGAGGGCAGUGUGACUCUGCACUGUGAGCUCUCCAAACCAGGAGUCCCUGUGGAGUGGAGGAAAGACACUGAAUUGCUGAAAGAUGGUGAAAAAUACCAGAUGAAACAAGAGGACAGGACAGCUGAGAUGCUGAUCCAAAAUUUAACCCUCUCAGAUGCUGGAGAGUACAGCUGUUCUGUUGGAGCUCUCAAGACAACAGCAAAAAUCAAAGUGCGAGAGCUUCCUGUAACAUUCAUAAAGGAAGUUGAGAACUUGGAGGUGAUGGAAGAAGAAAGUGGAUUUUUCUUCUGUGAGCUCUCGAAGCCCGGAGCUCCAGUGGACUGGAGGAAAGGCAGAGUCAUCCUCAAACCAGGAGACAAAUAUGAGAUGAAACAGGAGGGGCAUCUGACAAAACUGAUCAUCAAAAACGUACAGGAGAAUGAUGCUGGAAAAUAUACCUGCCAAACUAAAGACAGCCAAUCAGCUGCUGAGCUCACUGUCAAAGAACGACCCGUCACAUUCAUCCAGCAGUUGAAGAAUGUUGAGGUGCAGGAGGGCAGUGGGGUGACACUCUGUUGUGAGCUUUCCAAACCAGGUCUGUCAGUGCAAUGGAAGAAAGGAAACAAUGUUCUGACCAGCAGAGAGAAAUAUCAGAUGAAGCAGAGUGGCUCCACUCAGGAGCUCCUGAUCAGAAAAACUCAGCCUGAAGACAGCGGCACCUACAGCUGUGUCUGUAAUGACAUAAAAACUGCUGCUUGCAUCGUCAUCACACAGCUUCCUGUAACAUUCAUAAAAGAAGUUGAGAACUUGGAGGUGAUGGAAGAAGAAAGUGGAUUUUUCUGCUGUGAGCUCUCGAAGCCCGGAGCUCCAGUGGACUGGAAGAAAGGCAGAGUCAUCCUCAAACCAGGAGACAAAUAUGAGAUGGAACAGGAGGGACGUCUGACAAAACUGAUCAUCAAAAACAUACAGGAGAAUGAUGCUGGAAAAUAUACCUGUCAAACUAAAGACAGCCAAUCAGCUGCUGAGCUCACUGUCAAAGAACGACCCGUCACAUUCAUCCAGCAGUUGAAGAAUGUUGAGGUGCAGGAGGGCAGUGGGGUGACACUCUGUUGUGAGCUUUCCAAACCAGGUCUGUCAGUGCAAUGGAAGAAAGGAAACAAUGUUCUGACCAGCAGAGAGAAAUAUCAGAUGAAGCAGAGUGGCUCCACUCAGGAGCUCCUGAUCAGAAAAACUCAGCCUGAAGACAGCGGCACCUACAGCUGUGUCUGUAAUGACAUAAAAACUGCUGCUUGCAUCGUCAUCACACCGAUUCCAGUAACCUUCGAACAGAUGCUGAAGAAUCAGGAAGCUGUGGAGGAGGGCAGUGUGACUCUGCACUGUGAACUGUCCAAACCAGGAGUCCCUGUAGAGUGGAGGAAAGACACUCAACUGCUGAAGGACAGUGAGAAAUACCAGAUGAAACAAGAGGACAGGACAGCUGAGAUGAUGAUCCAAAAUUUAACCCUCUCAGAUGCUGGAGAGUACAGCUGUUUUGUUGGAACUCUCAAGACAACAGCAAAAAUCAAAGUGCGAGAGCUUCCUGUAACAUUCAUAAAAGAAGUUGAGAACUUGGAGGUGAUGGUAGGAGAAAGUGGAUUUUUCUGCUGUGAGCUCUCAAAGCCCGGAGCUCCAGUGGACUGGAGGAAAGGCAGAGUCAUCCUCAAACCAGGAGACAAAUAUGAGAUGAAACAGGAGGGACGUCUGACAAAACUGAUCAUCAAAAACAUAGAGGAGAAUGAUGCUGGAAAAUAUACCUGCCAAACUAAAGACAGCCAAUCAGCUGCUGAGCUCACUGUCAAAGAGCGACCCGUCACAUUCAUCCAGCAGUUGAAGAAUGUUGAGGUGCAGGAGGGCAUUGUGGUGACACUCUGCUGUGAGUUUUCCAAACCGGGUCUGUCCGUGCAGUGGAACAAAGGAAACAAUGUUCUGACCAGUGGAGAGAAAUACCAGAUGAAGCAGAGUGGCUCCACUCAGGAGCUCCUGAUCAGAAAAAGUCAGCCUGAAGACAGUGGCACCUACAGCUGUGUCUGUAAUGACAUAAAAACUGCUGCCUGCAUCGUCAUCACACCGAUUCCAGUAACCUUCAAACAGAUGCUGAAGAAUCAGGAAGCUGUGGAGGAGGGCAGUGUGACUCUGCGAUGUGAACUCUCCAAACCAGGAGUCCCUGUGGAGUGGAGGAAAGACACUCAACUACUGAAGGACAGUGAGAAAUACCAGAUGAAACAAGAGGGCAGGACAGCUGAGAUGCUGAUCCAAAAUUUAACCCUCUCAGAUGCUGGAGAGUACAGCUGUUCUGUUGGAACUCUCAAGACAACAGCAAAAAUCAAAGUUCGAGAGCUUCCUGUAACAUUCAUAAAAGAAGUUGAGAACUUGGAGGUGAUUGAAGGACAAAAUGGAUUUUUCUGCUGUGAGCUCUCGAAGCCCGGAGCUCCAGUGGACUGGAGGAAAGGCAGAGUCAUCCUCAAACCAGGAGACAAAUAUGAGAUGAAACAGGAGGGACAUUUUACAAAACUGAUCAUCAACAAUGUAGAGGAGAGCGAUGCUGGAAAAUACACCUGCCAAACUAAAGACAGCCAAUCAGCUGCUGAGCUCACUGUUAAAGCUCCCCCUGUGACAUUCAAGAUGAAGUUAAGGAAUCAAAAAGUGGAGGAGGAGAACAAUGUGACAAUGUGGUGUGAACUUUCUAAGCCUGGCCUGCCUGUGGAGUGGUGGAAAGGAGAAGAGCGGCUGAGGAACAGUUUCAAGUACCAGAUUAAAGCACAGGAGAGCGUGAUGGAGCUGACCAUCAGGAACUCACAGCUGCAGGACAGCGGGCUGUACAGCUGUGUGCACGGGGAUGCUAAGACAACUGCCCAAAUAACUAUUACACCUAUUUUCCUCACUUUUAAGACGGGUCUGAAGAACCAAGAGGCUGCUGAAGGAGGCAGUGUGACCCUUCGGUGUGAACUGUCCAAAGCUGGUAUGCCUGUGCAGUGGUGGAAGGGGUAUGAGCGCCUGCAUGAUGGAGGAAAGUACAGCAUGAUACAAAAUAAGAAGAUAGCUGAGAUGUACAUAAAAAACAUUCAACCAGAGGAUGGUGGCGAGUACAGCUGCAUCUUUGGAGAGCAAAAGACGAUGGCUGAAGUGACUGUGAAAGCGGCUGCUUCAGUGGUCUUUGAGAAAGAACUGGAGAACCAAGUGGUGGUGGAGGGGAAAUCUGUGUUGCUGUGGUGCGAAAUUUCUAGUGCUAAUGUUCCUGUCACUUGGAAAAAGGACACCAAUGUAGUGGAAGAAGGAGAUCGAUACAUUAUAAAGACGAGAGGCCCCAAACACAGCCUUGAGAUCAAGAAAGUAUGUUUGGAAGAUGCUGGAGAGUAUUGUUGUGUCACCAGGGGCAAGAUAACAAUUGCCAAGGUUAUUGUGCGACAGCGCGUGCGGAUUAUUACAGGGUUGGAGGAUGUAACUGUGACAGAAGGCAAGGAUGCUGUGUUUGUGUGUGAGCUGAGCCAUGCAGAUGUUAGUGAGGGUGUAUGGUGGCUUGGUUCCUGCCCCUUACAGAAAAAUGAGAUGAACCAGAUGACAUACCACGGCUGCCACCAUCGACUGGUCCUCACUAUGACAACACCUGAAGAGACUGGAACUGUGGCAUUUGUGGUUGGGGAUGAGAGAACAUCAGCACGUCUGGUAGUGGUUCCUAGGCCCAAAGUUUUAUUUGAGGAGAAGCCCAAAGACACUGUGAUCAUGGAAGGAGAGACGGCCACUUUGUCCUGUACAACCUCUGACCUCGUCACUCCGGUUAUCUGGACACGCAACCACAUCCCUCUACUGAAUGGUGCCAAAUAUCAGAUGCGUAAGGAGGGAAAAGUCAACCUGCUCCUGAUCUGUGAAGCAGAGCUGAUGGAUACGGGCAUUUACUGCUGUGAUACAGGAGAUGUGCAGAGCAGCGCCACACUUACGGUAACAGAGCUCCCUCCAUUCUUCCAGGAGGAAUUGGAGAAUGUGGAGGUUGAGGAGGGAGGUACAGCUACACUGUGCUGUGAAGUGUCGAAACUUGGAGUGCAAACACAAUGGAAGAAGAACAGACUGCCACUGAGAGCCAGCAGAAAAUAUGAGAUGAAGCAAGAUGGCUGCAUUUUACAGCUCUUAAUCAAAGACCUCAGACUUGAGGACAGCGGCAGCUAUACGUGCGAAGCAGGAAGUUUAGAGACCACUGCAGUUGUGUCCGUGAAAGAGCUCCCACCUGUUUUCAAAAAGGAAUUGCAGGCAGUGAUGGCAGAGGAGGGAGCAACAGCCACCCUGUGCUGUGAGCUGUCUAAGCCUCCUGUGUCAGUACAGUGGAGGAAGGAAUGCCUGCCUCUGAGAACCACAAACAAAUACAAGAUAACCAAGGAUGGCUGCCUCCUCCAGCUGCUCAUCAACAAUCUCAAACCUGAAGACGGCGGCAACUAUACAUGUUGUGCUGGAAGUGUGGAAACCACUGUAACUCUAUCAGUGAAAGAACUUGCUCCAUUUUUCAAGAAAGACUUACAAAGAGUGGAGGCUGAUGAGGGAAGUACAGUUUUCCUCUGCUGUGAGCUGUCCAAGUCUGAGGUGGAGGUACAAUGGAAGAAGAACAACAUGCAGCUGAGAGCAAACAGGAAGUAUGAGAUGACGCAAGAUGGAUGUAUUCAUCAACUCUACAUCAAAGAUCUCAAACCUGAGGACAGUGACAGCUACACCUGUCAAGCUGGAGAUGCAGAGAGCACCACAACUGUAUUAGUGAAAGAACUUCCUCCAUUCUUCAAGAAAGACUUACAAAGUGUGGAAGCCGAUGAGGGGGUUGCAGCCACCCUGUCCUGUGAGCUGUCUAAGCCUGUGCUGUCAGUGCAGUGGAAGAAAAACCAGCUGCCACUGAGAGCAAAUAGCAAGUAUGAGAUGAAGCAUGAUGGCUGCCUCCUCCAGCUGCACAUCAAGGAACUCAAACCUGAAGACAGCGGCAGCUACGCAUGUUACGCUGGAGCUGUGCAGACAGCUGCAAGUCUGUCAGUGAAAGAACUUCCUCCAAUUUUCAAGAAAGACUUACAAAGGGUGGAGGCUGAAGAGGGAGCUACAGCUUUCCUCUGCUGUGAGCUGUCCAAGUCUGAGGUGGAGGUACAAUGGAAGAAGAAUAACAUGCCGCUGAGUGCAAACAGGAAGUAUGAGAUGAAACAAGACGGCUGUAUCCACCAACUCUACAUCAAAGAUCUCAAAUCUGAGGACAGUGACAGCUACACCUGUCAAGCUGGAGAUGCAGAGAGCACCACAACUGUAUUAGUGAAAGAACUUCCUCCAUUCUUCAAGAAAGACUUACAAAGUGUGGAAGCCGAUGAGGGGGCUGCAGCCAUCCUGUCCUGUGAGCUGUCUAAGCCUGUGCUGUCAGUGCAGUGGAAGAAAAACCAGCUGCCACUGAGAGCGAAUAGCAAGUAUGAGAUGAAGCAUAAUGGCUGCCUCCUCCGGCUGCACAUCAAGGAACUCAAACCUGAAGACAGCGGCAGCUACGCAUGUUACGCUGGACCUGUGCAGACAGCUGCAAGUCUGUCAGUGAAAGAACUUCCUCCAUUCUUCAAGAAAGACUUACAAAGUGUGGAAGCUGAUGAGGGGGUUGCAGCCACCCUGUCCUGUGAGCUGUCUAAGCCUGUGCUGUCAGUGCAGUGGAAGAAAAACCAGCUGCCACUGAGAGCGAAUAGCAAGUUUGAGAUGAAGCAUGAUGGCUGCCUCCUCCAGCUGCACAUCAAGGAACUCAAACCUGAAGACAGCGGCAGCUACGCAUGUUACGCUGGACCUGUGCAGACAGCUGCAAGUCUAUCAGUGAAAGAGGUCCCACCAUUCGUCAAGAAAUCCUUACAAAGUGUGGAUGCUGAUCAGGGAGCUACAGCAUCCCUCUUCUGUGAGCUGUCAAAGCCCGGGGUGUCAGUGCAAUGGAUGAAGAAUAAGCUACCGCUGAAAGCCAGCACAAAAUUUGAGAUGAAGCAAGACGGCUGCCUCCAUCAGCUUUAUGUGAAGGAACUAAACCCAGAGGACAGUGGCACCUACACUUGUCAAGCAGGAAGUGCAGAAACUAUUGCAACUUUGUCAGUGAAAGCAUCACAACCACCUCAACCCAAGUCAGAAUCCCUCAUGAUACUGCCUCCUGGAAAGGGAACUGUUUCUGAACCAGUUCUUGCAACAGAAAAGAGCAGGCCCAGCCAAGAGGCACACCCUGUUCCUCCAGAGCCCAAAAAGCGUGGUAUGAGAAAACCAUCUCUUAAAAUUUCAGAAGAUGAUGUGCAGUCUGUUCUUGUCCCAGAACAGUUAGUGCAGGAUCUCCUGAGGGAUCAUAACAAAGACCAGGUUGUCGGCCAUUCAGCAACAGAGAAAAUCGCUGAGAGCACUGUGAAAGUUAAACAGGAUAAAGAUGAAGAUCAGGAGGUUUACCAGAAAGUUAUUCAGCCAAUAUUCUUACAGAAGAAUGAUGGGGUGAACUUAGAUGCAGAAGAGAGAGUAAGGCCUGUGAACAGGGAGAUCGAAGUUGGCUUGGAGAAAGCAUUUGAAGCUAACCUUGAUGUAAGUGAGUCAGACAUGACUAUGAAUGACAUUUUAGCAGAACAAAUGUCAAAACAACCAUCAGUUUGUGUGGAAAAUGGCACUGAAAUUAACUAUGCUUCAAAACAAGAAGAAAGAGUGACAAAUGAAGGUGAUAAAGCUGAGAAGAAUGUUGGGACAAUAAGAGGAGAAAACGAGCCUAUGAAAGUCAUUCUUAAGUUUACUAUGAAUGAUGCAAUCACAACACAAGAAGUGAAAUCUCCACUCAGUGAAUGUGAAGAAUGUGAAGAAUAUGAGAAAGAAGAGAAGUAUUUGAAACCUCCAGUAAGACUGAAGGCAAAAGAUAUCUGUGGAGAAGAGCAACUGAAAUACAUCCAAGAAGGGAAAUAUGAAGAGUCUGAACAGACAGGUGAGUCUUCAAAACAAGAGGUCAGAUUUAUAGUUCCAAAACCACCAGUGAGGACAAAAGGCAAGUCAAAAGUCUCAAUGGAGAAAGAGUUAUCAAGAGACAUAUGGACAGAUAAAGAUGAAAAACAGCUGGUGAAACCUCCUGAAGGUCACAUGAUGAAACAGCCAGUGCUGCCUGUGGAAAAGGAGUAUGAAGAGGAACCAAGAACUGAUUGGAACCAGGAGGUAACGACAACCACUGAGGUAGCUGAGGAAGCAAAGCAAGCUGUGAAAGCAGAGAAAGAGAUAAAUGGCAAACAGCUUGUCAUGCAGCCAGUAAAACCCAUGAGAAAAGAAUCUAAAGUGAAUCAGGAGCUGCAACUGUUGAUCAAGCCAAUGAGGAAGGAGCAAGAUGAGCAAACAACAAAGAUGUCUCAGAAUGUUCCUCUUGUUUUUGUUUCUGAAGAUGACACUUUUUCAGAGGCCUUUACCGAGUUACCAAUAGAGGACAGCAAUCUCUGUCUCAGAGACCUUAUUGUCGAGGGUUCAACCCAACCCUCUACUCUGUCUGAAUUCCCAGUGACAAAAACAUACAAGGAUGUAACACCAGAGACAGGCAUCAGCAUUGAAGAUGAACGACAAAAGCAAGAGGGUGUUUCCCGAAAAGAUAUGCGCCCUGUUUUCAAAGAGGUGUUUAAAAACCAGAGUGUUGACCAUGACAGAGCAAUCACUCUGGUGUGCGUUGUGGAGGGACAACCCAGCACAGUGCGCUGGCUGAAGGAUGGUGUACAACUCAGAAAUGACAAGAGAUGCUGCAUUGACACUACAGAUAACAGGAUAUGCACACUGGUAGUCCAAAAUCUGAGCACCAGUGACAGCGGGGUCUACACAUGUGAGGCUGUUAAUAUGUUUGGUGUAACCUCCUACAAUGGGAAUAUAACAGUAAUGGAAUCAUUACCCCAGAAGCCUGUGCACCCGUUGCUUGCUGCCAUAACCCCUCUACAGCCUGUGGCCCAGAGCAAACCAGAGCCACCAGCUGAGGAUCUGACUUCAGUCCAGACAUUGACUUCAGGGACAGAUGCCAUGGACUAUGUGAAGACAGAGGGUGUUUCUCUGUGGGAAGCGUACAACUUGACAGAGCAAGAUGCACAGAUGAGCCCUCAAGAAAGGUCCUCACUUAUUGCUGCAAGCUCCAUGUCGAGUCCAUCUGAUUAUGAAACAGCUCCAGAUAUAAUGGAAACUGUUGAGAUUAGUGUAAAUAAACCAAGGGGAGUCGUAAAAGUGGAGGAUCAGUCACUUCCAAAGGAUGCUGACGAACAGAUAGCUGCUGCACAGCUGACUAAGGAAUACUUGAAGGUCAAAGGGACCCCUGAUUCCCGAUUAAGGACACCAUCUCCUAAGCAUCUUCGUUCCAUUACACCCUUAGCUAGUACCAUUUCUGAAUUGGAAUCAGAAGGUGAUGAUGAUCAACGAGAGACAUUUGAGGUGUAUGUCAUUAAAGCCGACUGCAGUCCACACUGUGGAAAUCAAGACAGCUUUGAGUUAAAGGAGGGCCAGUAUGUUGAAGUCCUGGAAUAUGUUCGUCCUGACAGAUGGUUGGUUAGGACUAAACCCACAAAAAACACUCCUGCUCGACAGGGAUGGGUGUGUCCAGCCUACUUGCAGAAGAAAAGAAAGGAGUCAUUUCUGCAGUUUAGAAGGCCUCAGGAGGAUCUUCAUGGAAUUGGUUCUACAGCAGAAGAGUACAGAAGAGCUCUUAGCCAACUGAUUCAAGGCAUGAUUGAUGGGGAAGAGGAAUUUGUGAAAGAGAUGAAGGCAUUCCUCCGUCACCACCUAAAUCUUCUGGAGUCCAGCCACCAUGUCCCUGUCAAUAUCCUCAACCAGAAGGAGAUUAUUUUCAGGAACAUCAAGGACAUCGUUCUUCUACAUGAACAGUUCAUCCUUCCUGGUCUGACUAUGUGUGCCACUGACGAUGAUGUGGCCAUGCAUCUGAUCAAGCAUGCAAAUGACUUUGAGAAGUAUCUUCACUACAUGGUGGGACAAGCACAAGCAGAGGCCUAUGUUACUGACAAGCAUAUCCAGCAAUAUUUCAAAGAGUCUGAUGAUCCCGAGGUGCCAGCCAUGGAUGUCCUUACUUUCCUUCAAAGACCAGUAGAGAGGAUUCAAACUUAUCAGGCUUUAUUUAAGGAAUUGAUUAAGAACAAAGCCAAGAGUGGGCAGAGCUGUUACCUGCUGGAGGAUGCUUUCUCCAUCAUCUCCUGUCUGUCCUGGAGGUCGGAUAACCUCCAAACGCUUUCCCUCAUUGAGAACUAUCCCGCUCCUCUCAGUGCCCUGGGUGAGCCUGUACGACAGGGCGUCUUCACAGUGUGGGAGGAAUCUCCAGAAAUCAAAACGGCCUCUCGAGGACAUCAGAGACAAGUGUUUCUCUUCAGAGAAUGUAUCGUACUAUGCAAGCUGAAAAAAGACACCAGCAUGAACAAUGACACCUACACCUUCAAGAAUAAAAUGAAGCUGAAUGAUGUGGAGAUAAAGGAGAGUGUGGGUCCAGAUGAAAAGUCUUGGGGGUUGUGGCACGAGCACAGGGGCUCAGUGCGGAGGUGCACACUUCAGUGCCGUUCCACACCCGUUAAACUGUCCUGGCUCAAGGACCUCAGGGAGCUACAGCAGCGUUCCAGUGUGCCCACUAAUAGUCCACCGGUGUUUGAGGUAUUGUUGUCUGACAGCACAACAACGAUAGGACAAACAAUCAAACUGACCUGCAGGGUCAAAGGUUCGCCAAAACCACUGAUCAGCUGGAUCAAAGACGGCCUACUUUUGGAAGAUGACACUCAACACAUCAUCACAGCAGACCAGGCAGGCACCUGCAGUCUCAUCCUGGAUGGAGUUUCAGCAGAGGACUCUGGCCAGUAUGUGUGCUAUGCCAGUAGUUCCAUGGGCAGUGCUGGCACCCUUGCUAGGGUUGUGGUUCAGGGCCCACCUAAAUUUCUGAGCCAUCUAGAAAGUGCUUGUCUGAUGGAAGGAGAGGAUAUCCAGUUCACAUGUGCCACACUCACUACUCCUUUAUCACGAGUCAGGUGGUUGAAAGAUGGACAGCAGUUGACAGACGAGAAAAGAUACUCCAUCCUGACUGAUGCUCGGAGUGGAAUCUUGUCUCUGACCAUCAUCAGUUCAACAGAGGCAGAUAUUGGACAGUACGAGUGUGAGCUUUCUAAUGAGUUUGGAUGCAUCAAAUGCAAAGCACGGCUGUGCCCCACCUACAUACCAAUGAUUGAGACGGGGAGUGAGCCACGACAGGACUUGUCUCCUCAAGCCUUAAAGCAGGAACUUCCUCACAUGGAGCAUUCCAUGUCAGGCAUCAUUGGCAUGAUAACCAAUAACCACUCAACAUUCAUUGAUCCCCUUUUCCUCCCGCCAACGCAUGCCCAGCUAACUGUUCCCUUCCACGAAAACAAGAGGGUCAUGUGCUGGGCAGGUUCUCCCUUUACCCCAAACAGGAGUGGGCAUGGGUCCAUAUCCUGUUGAUGUGGUUAGUGGGGAUACUGCCUGAAGUCUCGAGAUGCAGACUCAGAAGGCUGGUCCGAUGCCCUCGUGAAGAAAUGGUUACAGACAGACUUCAGCCCCACUUCUACUGAUCAGAAAAUGUUCCCCCCUGGAUACAAUGAACAAGCUGUGUGUAGCAUAGAAAAAGGCGAUACUGAAAUUACAUUGUUGGAUCAGGCAGUACAGAGGUACCCAGAGGAAGAAGAAGAGGAAGAGCAACUCUUCAUUUCAGAGGAAAUGCAGGAAAUUGCAGAUGCUCCUCCCUCUAUUCAGGUACCCACUGAGGACCUUUGUGUGGAACCUGGUCACCCAGCUACCUUCACCGUUAUCAUCACAGGAAGGCCCACCCCAAAGACACAGUGGUACAAAGAUGGAGAGGAACUUUCAGCCAGUGAGAAUGUGAAGAUAGUACAGCAGGGCGCCCGUUGCUCUGUGACCAUAAUGUGCCCUGAGGGGGAGGACAGUGGUACUUACACCUGCUUUUCCUACAAUGACUCGGGACAUGUCUCAUGCCAGUCUCAGCUUACAGUUGAGGAAGGUCUGCUGCAAUUUCAAGAGAGAGAGUUGGAGCUGGGAAAGAGAAGGAAGUUAUUCUCUUUCUAUGAUGUCCAUGAGGAAAUAGGAAGGGGUGCAUUUGCGGUUGUGAAGCGUGUAGUCCACAGGAGGACAUGUGAAGUGUUUGCAGCCAAGAUCUUGCCCCUGCGGAGUAACACUCGGACUCGAGCCUUCCAGGAGAGGGACUUGCUGUCUCGUUUAGCUCACCCCAGAGUGGCUUGUCUGCUGGACUUCUUUUGCACCAAACGCACUAUGGUGCUAAUAACAGAAAUCUGCUGUUCUCAUGGACUUCUGGAUCAUUUAUUUCUGAGGACAUCCGUCUCAGAGAAAGAGGUUCAGACAUACAUCCAGCAAAUCCUUGAAGGAGUUGGUCACAUUCACAGCAUGAACAUUUUGCACCUGGACAUCAAACCUGAGAACAUCCUCAUGGUGUACCCACCCAGAGAUGAGAUCAAGAUAUGUGACUUUGGUUUCAGCCAGGAAAUGGACAUAUCCAGACACCAAUAUAGCAUAUUUGGUACACCAGAGUUUGUGGCCCCUGAGAUUGUUCACCAUGAGCCAGUCACAUUGGUCACCGACAUUUGGUCUGUGGGUGUUGUAGCCUAUCUAUGUCUGAUAGGCCGAUGUCCAUUUGUGGGUGAGACAGAUCGAGCUACACUGCUGAGAGUUGGUGAAGGGACCCUGAACUGGGAUGCCACUGAUGUCGUGUCCAGGAGCCUGGAGGCCCAACACUUUCUCCAUAUGGUUCUUCAGCCUGAUCCAGAGAAACGGCCAACUGCUUUUGAAUGCUUGAGCCAUGAAUGGUUCCAGGAUGAAAAUGCAGGAGAAGAUACGGAUGAAAUCAACACAAAGAUUUUGAAAGCAUUCAUUUCACAAAGGAAGUGGCAGCAUUCUUUGACUUGCAUUGGUUCAGUGCUCACAUUAAGGCCCAUCCCCGAGCUGCUUGAAGCCCCGCUCAGAGAGACUGCAGUGACAGUGCCGCGGGAGCCACAGGAACAUAGCAGCACCUCUGGAAGCAGUGGUUCAUCAUCGGAGCAUGAUGAGGCUGAUUCUUGGGACUUUUUCCAGCACUACAGCCCCACUGAGGAAGAGGAUGAAACAGAGGAGGACUAUGACCCUCUUCUGGAGAGAGCACAGAUCCCAGAGCCUUUUGUUAAACACCACCUAGCUAGAGAUGAGGAUGAAGAGGCAGCCUUAGCAGAGGAGGAGGAUUGGGAGCUGGUAGGAGGAAGAGGUGUGCUCGAGCGGAGUGUUAGCAGGCAGUCUGUUAUAUCAUCAGAUUUAUCAUGCCAUGGGACACCUCAGAGGGAGCGUAGGCUCAGCAAGGAUGGUAGUCUGUCCUUCUGCCCGUCAGAUGGAGAUGAGGGUUCAGGAAGUGAUGGCGGUCGUAUUCCCCGUGGCAGCGUCAUCCGAAGUACCUUCUAUAGCACUUCUCAACAGUUAUCACCUAUGUCUGCCAGGCACUUGACAUUACGGGACAAAUUCCAAGCCAAAAAGCAAGAGCGAGGACGCAAGCCACUCCGAAGAAGCUUUUCAGGACGUCUUAAUGAGCCGCUUAUUGAAUAUGUGGAGGAUGAGACACAAACCAUCCGUGGCCAGAGACGGGGAUCUACCCAGUCACCCAUGCAGAAAUCAUGUUCUUUUGACAGUGGAGUUACACCUUCCCACUCCAAUGUACUGCCACACAGGAGGAGCAGGUCUCUUGAUGAGUAUUCUCGACGAUCUCCCACCUCACCCACCCAUGUAAAGCCAUUUGAAGAAGAAGGCAGUCAAAGUCUGAAGGAAGACAUCACAGAUGAUGAUGUGGCAGGAAAACACUUGCUAACUGUCCCAAAUCCUGAACAAAGAUCAAGAAGAAGGGGCUAUGGUUCUCCUGUACAGGGUGGGCCAUCUGGUAGCCCAUCUGGUGGUGCUACAGACAGAAUAAGUCCCACGUUUGACCAGAAACAGACAGAUGGGAACAUCCUUGCAAGCUCACAAGGUUCCCUUAGUGAGUCAUUUACUUUUGAGCAUUUUGGAUCAGAGUCUUCCAGCAGACCUGGCUCCUGUGAGGAGCUGAGUUAUGAUCAUCUCAUGGGAAGUUACAGAUCUGGAGAGAGUGAAGGAUAUAAUGAUCAAGGAGAGCUGUUAGUUUCAUCAUCCCCUCAUUCCCUUGGGCAGGUAGAGAAGGAAGCUAGAUCCAAGAAACAGUUUCCCCAAGCACCACCGCGGAAGCGCACAUGCUCCAAUCCCAACUUAUCUACAAGUCAGAAAUAUCCAUCACAAAAACCCAUGUCACUGCAGCCUAGCCCCAGCCCAAGCCUUUCCUCCCUUCCAGCUCCAGAAAGACCUCCCAGAGCAAAGGAUAAGAAAGAUGACUACGGCCUCCAGAGGCAUGCAUCAGCUCCAACUCUACCACCAAUUGGAAAAUCCCCAAAACUAGGUCUAUUUAACAUCUUCCGCAGGCAGUCAUGGACUGGACAUUCCUACUCCCAGCUAGAGAACCCAGAGUUGGGACCCACACUAGGAGAGAUCAUGCAGCCAGAUACUCCCACCAUGUCUUUCAGGAAGAAAAUGAGAGCUUCAGCUUCCAGUCUGACCAAACUUUUUUCAAAAUCUUCCAGUAAGGAGGAUGUGAGUAGUGAAGGCCCGAUAGUAAAAGGAUCAUCUCCCACCCAGCAUGAACAGGAGUGUGGUUUUGAGAGUCCAAAACACAAGGCCUCUAAACUCUUACAUUCUUUCAAAAUACCUACAUUCAAAAAGACAAAAGAUCUGUCCGCCCGUCCCAGCAAGGCUGAUGUGAUGCAAUUAGAUGGAGGUGGAGUACUACUGGUAUGGAGGCCGGUCCAGUCCAGUGAACCGGUGACUUAUUGUGUGCAGUACUGUAGUGAUGGUGAAAAGUGGACAGUCCUGUCAGAAGAGGUGACAGACAGCUGUUACGUGGUAAAGGACUUACCCAGAGGACUGUCCUUAUGUCUUCAGGGUGGGCUGCAUCACUAA